AAAUAAUAUGAUUAAGUCUGCAGCCGAAGACAUCAGUCACUUGCUCAAUAGGAGGAACAAGAAAUCACUCUCUAUUGAGCCCCAAGUUGAUUAUCAAAGUAUUGAAGCGAGUAGGACUCCCAAUAUCUAUACAUCCCCUAUGAAUAAGAAAGCCACCAAAAGCUCACCUCUGAUGGUGAAAAGCUUGGCAAACACAUUUGGUGCAAGGAGCUUGUCACAGUCAAAAAUGAAACGGAGUGAGACUAGUUCGAUGCUUCCAUCUUUAAAAACUGGUGGGAAGCAACCUUCACAUGCUCUUCCAAUGACAAGGACUAAAAAUGAUCGUUUCAAGAGCAAUAAAAUGUCAUCUAUUCCAAAACCACCUCUCAGUAAUACUGCAGUUAAGGAAAAACCAAAGCCUCUAAACGAUAAAGAUGAGGUCGAAUCUGCUCUCAGUGUCGUAGCUAAGAGAGAUAUAAGAGAAUUGAAGAGAGGAAGCCUCACAUCUCAACUCACAACUGCUACAACUCCUUGACUCCACAUGAGUACCAACAAGUUCAACAGAAAGGAUUAUAGACUAGAUUCUGAAGAGGCGAAAACUCCUGGAAAUCUUGGAAAAAUUAAAGGAGAUAUAAACUUUAGUUCCACAGCAAAUUUAAGGACUCUUUCAAUUCCUCUGCAUAAUUCAAGAAGAAAAGACAAGAAAUCGGAUAAAUUUCUAAAUGAGUCCCAGAAAUCUUCUAGUGGAGAUAAGGAUGAUAGCUUUAAGAGCCCUAGUCAGGGCAAGACCUCUCAUAAGAAGAAAAUAAAACCCAAGGUUAUCAACAUCAAGUCCAAGAUGAAAUCAGAAGUAGAUACCUCUGUCUACAUUGGGAACAGAGAAAUUUUGGAUGAAUUUGAGUCAAUACUAUCAUCUGAAAUUCAUGAUUUUAAAAUGAUAAACUAUGACAGGGUCAGCCCUAAUCUUAUCCAAAAAUUCUCGAGAUGCUUUGACAAGAUUAUCCAGCACUGAGAUAGCCUUGAAAUCGACAAAAGUCAGAGAUCCAAGGCCCAUUCAAAUAAUUCUAAAGGAGACAACGUGUUUUCUUACAUAAAAAGAGCAUACGAAAACUUCAUAAAAAGGAUAGUAGGAAUUAAUCAAUUUUCUGAAAUAGAAACUGUUCUGAAGAAAUGCCUGGAGAUCUCUUCCUCAUCUAAAUACUCUUUGAAACCCUCUCAUAAAGAUGAAAGCUAUGAGAAGAGAAAGAUCGUUAAGAGCUACUCCAUUUUAAUUGAUGACUUCAAGAAUCUAGCUGAGAAAAGAAACUCCCUGCAAAAAGAAGUAGAUGAAAUUAAUAGCAAAUGGAAGCAUGAGCUAGACCAACAAAGUAAAAAGCAUUCUGAAGAGCUUAGGAAGUUCAAAUCUGGGAUUAAGGCCUUAAAGCUUAAAUUAGAAAGUGCCAAAAAUAAGCCUGAGGUUAGUUAUUCUAAAUAUAACAAGCUCAAGCAGAACUUCAAACUUUUGCUUAAUGAGAACGAUCAGCUGAAUAAUGCUGCAAUCAGAUAUAAAGAGCAAGUUGAUGACCUGACCCAGAAGAAGAAUAGGCUUAACUUUUUAAUAUUCUUGUGCAUGAAAAAUGGAUACCCGAUCACUAAGCUAUAUCAGGAAGAAGUCAAACCAAUAGAUAGCCACAGAUUUGACUUGCUGACCCCAUCCAAAUAUAAGAAUUCUUUGAAGAAACUCAAUGAAGAAAUCAAAGAGGGUACUUUUAAGAAGGAAAACUCAAAAGAAACGAAGGCGAGGUUUGGUUUAAACGAAUCCUUCGAUCAGCUUCCCGAAAACUUCUUCGAGGAGCUAGACAACUCUAAGAUGUCUAACAAAUCAUUCGAUUAUAGUACUUCAAGAACUAAGGACCUUAACGCUAGCUAUCUUCCGAUACUAGAUAGUCCUGCUAAAAUUCCAAAGAAGCCAGUUCUUAUCCCUACAUUGGACUUCAAGAAGUUGGAGCAGUAUAAUAACGCUGUGAAGAUGGCCAAGAAGAAGAAAUAUGAAGAGAAAAUGAAGCAUGACCAAUAUGGAGCCGAAGUUGAAGAGAUUGAGUCCCUUCUAAACUCCUUGUAAUCCUUAAUCUGUCACUUU